AACAACUUGUUUAUUUAUGAGGACUACAAUUUUCGGGGCGUCUCCAUGGUGACAUCACCAGCUGGCCACAGUGAGCGACACGUACUGUUUUAUUAAAGAAAGUAAAGCAGGAAGAAGAAAGGCUGCCAACAGUUAGUUAGCUAACUAGUAGCAGAGGUGACUGUCCGUGCAAAAAUCUCUGCAGAUCUCAAUCCCUUCUUUCAUCAUGAACGUGUUUGACCGCAACAUCAACUUUGACUCCCUCUUCAAGUUCUCCCAAAUAUCUCAUUCCACCCAGGUGCAUUUGAAGAAUGUGUACUCCAGCCUGGCAGUCUGUAUGUUUGUGGCUGCAGCUGGCUCCUACGUCCAUGUCGUGACACGCCUCUUUCAGGGAGGUUUGUUGUCUGUGCUCGCCUCCCUGGGGAUGAUGUUUUGGCUCGCCAUGACGCCACACAACUCUGAGACCGAAAAGAAAAGACUGGCUAUCCUCGCAGGAUUUGCCUUCCUCACAGGUGUUGGCCUUGGCCCCACACUGGACUUUGUCAUUGCUGUUAAUCCGAGCAUCAUCGUGACGGCCUUCAUGGGAACCUCUGUGAUCUUCAUCUGCUUCACGCUCAGCGCUCUCUAUGCCAAACGCAGGAGCUACCUGUUCCUUGGAGGCACACUGAUGUCUGGCCUUUCCCUCCUGUUCCUAAUGUCUGUGAUGAACAUGUUCUUUGGAUCUGUGAUGCUGUUUAAGGCACACAUGUACCUCGGGCUGCUCAUCAUGUGCGGCUUCGUCCUGUUUGACACUCAGCUCAUCAUCGAGAAAGCAGAGAACGGCGACAAGGACUACAUCUGGCACUGUGUGGACUUGUUCCUUGAUUUCAUCACCAUCUUCAGGAAACUGAUGGUCAUCCUCGCAAUGAACGAUAAGGAGAAGAAGAAGGAAAAGAAGUAA